CUACUACUUUCUUCUGUGCUUCUGAACUAGUGCUCUCAGUUUUCUAUCCUGUCACUAUUGCUCUCCUUAGCUGCACUGUUCUCCUCAGAUGUCAUGUCAUGACUGACUGAAGUCUGUCCUUGCAAAUACAAAUGAAAAUCACAUUUGAAAUGCAAACAAAUAGGAAAAAGCAGGUUGGAUUUUCUUGAGGAAAUGUGUGAGAUAACAAAUAAUAAAGAUACGUGAUAAAAGGUGUGUAGCCCACACGUGUUGUAGUCUACUUUUAACCAUAUUUGUAAUUUUAUCUAUAUUUAUGGUCAAAAGUAGACUACUGAUAAAUAUCUGACAAAAUAAGCUACAUUAACGAGAAGGAUAGUUCAUCCUGUCGGCUCAUCCUGAGUGAGUCGUGCUAACUGUCAACACACCGGCAUCACCGUAAAUACAGUGACGUUAUCGUGACGUUGCCAUCAGAACCAGAAACAGAUCCAGCACAUACAUCCUGCCCGAGUUCCCUGCACCUACCCUGUCCCAUUGUUUAUGCGCUGCUACACCACCUGCACAAGAACACACGGUGUAGCAUCGCUAUUUAGACUCUAAUUAGAGCAUACAGUGUAGACUGUAUAUAAAAUGUCCUGGGUACGUCAGAAGGUUUCCGUUUCCUCACGUUUCGGCGAGGCUAUCUGGAUGGACUCAGCAGUCUUAAAAACCCGUGACCCCUUCCUUUGACACAGACAUUCUUCAGCUUUGACGUUAACUAAAAGUGAAAAGGACGUUUGUCAGAGUUGUGCAGUCGUAGAAAUCAAGACAGACUGUAUUUACAGCUCUUCUCCGGCCAUGGACGAUUCUGCUCCAGCCACAAAGGGAGCGAACGGAGCCUCGACAGCAUGUGAAGUGGUUCCCUCCGUUCAGAGCUCCGGGGAGUGUGGCUUUAUCCCGCUGGAAUACCGGAAUGAGAUAGUACAACUUGUUAAACUAGCGGGGCCAGUGGUCAUUUCCCAGUUGAUGGUCUUCAUGAUCACUAUCACCAGUCUGGUGUUCUGUGGUCACAUGGGAAAAACAGAACUAGCAGGGGUAUCAUUAGCAGCUGCGGUGGUUAAUGUCACUGGUAUUUCCAUUGGCAGUGGUUUGUCAUCAACUUGUGAUACUCUCAUAUCUCAGACGUAUGGGAGCGGUAACUUGAAGCGUGUGGGUGUGAUUCUCCAGAGAGGGGUUCUGAUCCUUCUGCUAGCCUGUUUCCCCUGCUGGGCUGUCCUCAUCAACACUGAACCUCUCUUACUUGCUGUCAAACAGAGCCCAGAGGUUGCCAGUCUCUCUCAGUUGUAUGUGAAGAUCAUCAUGCCUGCUCUGCCGGCUGCUUUUAUGUACCAGCUGCAAGGCAAAUAUCUUCAAAAUCAGGGAAUUAUAUGGCCUCAGGUUAUAACCGGAGCAAUGGGAAAUGGCCUUAAUGCAAUCAUCAACUACAUCUUCCUCUAUCCUUUGGAGUGGGGUGUCACAGGAUCUGCAGCUGCCAAUGCCAUCUCACAGUAUUUGCUGGCUUUCUUCUUAUAUGUUUACAUCUGCUGGAGGGGUCUGCACAAGGCCACAUGGGGAGGUUGGUCACUUGAUUGUCUACAGGAGUGGGGUCCCUUCAUCAAGCUGGCUAUUCCCAGUAUGCUCAUGAUUUGUUUAUCAUGGUGGAUAUUUGAAAUAGGAGGAUUCCUGGCUGGAGUGAUAAGUGAAGUUGAGUUGGGUGCUCAGUCCAUCGCAUACCAGCUUUGCAAUACAGUUUACGUGUUCCCACUGGGAUUCUCUAUUGCUGCCAGUGUACGGGUUGGGAAUGCUCUUGGUGCAGGAAACACAAAGCAAGCUAAGCUAUCGUGCAAAGUCUCCAUCAUGUGUGCAUUCAUGGUGGCAUGUUUCGUUGGAGCUAGUCUCAGCAUCGCCAAAAAUGUCAUUGGAUACAUUUUCACCUCAGAACAAGACAUUAUUAAGAGGGUUUCUGACGUCAUGCUCAUUUUUGGUUUCAUGCAUGUUGGUGAUGCCACUGCAGGUGUGGCUGCAGGUGUUCUGAGAGGAGCAGGAAAACAGCUGGUUGGUGCUCUGUGUAACCUGGUAGGAUACUACUUCAUUGGUUUCCCCAUUGGAGUGUCUCUGAUGUUUGCAGCAAACAUGGGGAUUGUGGGUCUAUGGACAGGACUUACCAUUUGUGUGUCACUGCAGGCGAUUGCUUUCAUCACAUUUUUGUGUAAACUUGAUUGGAAAAAGGCUUCUGAAGAGGCUCUUGUGAGAGCAGGAGUCCAGAUCAUGGAAGAGAAAGAGAUGGUUGGGAUAGAACAUCCAGACUCAGAUCUAAACCCAGCCUUAGCCAGGGUAACUGCACCCAGCUCUGUGAGGGCUGAGGAGGGUGACACAAACCUGGAGAUGCUAGUUCCAGGUCGCAGUGAAAUCACCACAACCACCACAGUGGGAGAUGUUCUGUCAGUGAAACAGCUGGUUUUACGGCGUGGUCUUACAUUGUUUAUCAUGAUCAUCAUACUCGUCUCUGGAAUUGUAACCAGCAACUUGCUGGUAAAACUGUUGAAAUGACUCUUCCCUAAAAGCUAAUACACGCUCGUUGGUCUGUUGGGCUCCAGCUCUUAGCAAAAUUUCCACUUUCUGUCAGAAUACAAAUGAUGGAGAGCCCAAGUAAGUGACUUGUGAUCCGUCAAAGAGCCAAAGAGACCCAUAUUUAUUUUUUCAGCUAACAGACCAAACCAGGGCUAAAAUACAAGUAAAUAGUAUUUAACAGUUGUAUAGUAUAUCAAUGCUUAUAGUUUUAUUGUACAGUCUGCCCCAUUUGCUUUAAAAGAUUAGGCCUACUCCAUGACUUUAGCAUUGCACUAAAGUGAUGGAGUAGUUUUUCUUCCUAAACAAUAAACAACAAAAUAUCA